AUGUGUCUUUUUGUUAAGCAUGCACCACACUUCACUUCCUCACCCCUUUCUCAUCCCCACCCCCACCAGUGUGCGUUUGAGACCUUCCCCCGGAGAAGGGUUGGUACCCUUUUAAUGCCAUGGUACUUACCUGAACUGAAGAACAGUACCCGUUUGUGCCUCACUGUCAAUGGAAGAAGGCUUUGUUCAAGUUACAGCAAUGACAGUACAUCAGAGCUUUCAGAUGCAUACAGCGAUGAAGGUUCAUCAGAAAGCGAAGAGAAUAAGAAAGGAAAGUCAGUGACAAGCAAUGAGAUCCUGAAGAAACUGAGGAGAUAUGGAGUUUCUGGAAUCCUAUCCUAUGGACUAUUGAACACUGCAUAUUAUCUGGCAACAUUCCUUUUUGUGUGGUUUUACAUUGCUCCAGCACCUGCAAAGAUGGGUUAUGCUGCAGCUGUACAAAGAUUUCUAAAAGUGAUGGCCAUGGUGUGGGCUGGUAGUCAAGUUACUAAACUUAUAAGAGCUGGAGGAGCAUUGGCAAUGGCACCUUUUGUUGACAGAGGAUUGUCCUGGUUUACUGAUAAGUUUAAGUUUCAAUCACAAGGCAAGGCUUUCGUGGCUCUAGUGGGAUUCUGUCUUGGAUUGGCCCUCAUUGUAUUUUUGGUCAUCACACUGCUUUGGGCUUGA